UAGUUGCAGUCACAUUACAUAGAUUAACUUAGUUUUAGUUCAGUUUUCGAACUGCUCUGAACUACUGCUUCUCGUCUCCUUGCUCGCACAAUCAUGAUUUGAGUGGUGUAUUUAUUUAAUAAAAAAGACUUGUUAAAUACUUGAGCCAAAUUUAAUCACAGAUUGGCUAAAUUAAUCACAAGAGACAAUAAGUGAGUUAGGGCAGAAAGUGUAUUGCGAAAGAGAAGGGUUUAUUAUAGGCAGCACGAGUUAAUAUAAUUUCACUUUGGGAGAAACUUAUUGUGAGUCUCAAUUUAAUUUAUCAUGGACUGCGACCUAUUUCAUCAAGGGGCCUACGCACACCAUCACCACCAUCGUCAUCCCCACGCGCAAAAUAACAACAAUGAUGACGGGAGCACGCCCUCCUCGCCGGAAGAAGACGUCCAAGAAGUGGGAGGAGGAGUAGGCGUAGGUGGUGGUGGCAAUAGUUCAUCGUUAGUUGUUGUGGGGGGAGUCGCCAAACUUCCCUUCUCCAGAUUUACGGUGAACUCGAUCCUCGAAUUUGAGAGGCAAGAACGACCCGCACCGACGGAGGGGCAAGAAGGUGACCACGAGAACAAUGGGGGCAGCAGUGACCAAGGGAUGCUGGUCGUUUCGGAGUGCAACAACAACAAUGGGAACGGUGGCCGGAUCAGCAGCACGAGCAUGGUUGACUGUGAUAAAACGCCUUGUUUCAGUCAUUGCAGUGGCGGUGUGGAUAACGAUGGAGACGAUGAAACUGACGACAGCAAAUUCACGGAGGACGAUGAAGGAGAAUCAACCCCGUUGAUUACUCGUCUUGCUGAUGUUACUGGAGGACUCGUGACGGUCGGGGGACUUGGGAUUAAUCACCGUCUCCCACCUGCAGGACCACCGGAUCACUUGAUUCAUGGACCCAACAACAACUAUGUGACCACGAGCCACUUGAUCUCGUCCACGUCGGAUGCAAAGUGCACGUCGUCUCUGGGAUGUGGCGGUGGGGUUGGCGGGGUUGGCGGUCGUGGGAGGAGGAAUCGGACGCAAUUCACCCCCGCACAACUGGCAGCGUUGGAGAAGAUAUUCGAAAAGACACAUUAUCCAGACAGCUACUGCAGAGAGGAGUUGGCGAGAAAGGUCAAUCUGACGGAAGUUAGGGUGCAGGUUUGGUUUCAAAAUCGACGUGCCAAAUUUCGUCGGAAUGAGCGGUCUUUGAAAGGAUCCACGAGCCCAUUUCCGACUUCGGGUGGUGGGACAGGAAAUUCAGUCGGGACGAUUUCUUCUGGAGACCUUCACCCGUCCAUCGGUCGAGGUCGGCGUCCCCUCAGCCCGAUGGCCAUGUCCUUCAGCUUGGCUCAACGGAGGGGAGGAGGAGGAGGAGGCAACAAUACUGCGUCUCCCCAAUCAAUCAUGCACUCACAAUUUGCUCCUCCAAACGUGGUUGUACAAAACUCGGUGUUCCCACCACAUUCUUCGUCGGGUAUGAAUGACUACGGGGGACCCAUGAGUGUCGGCGGUGGAGGGGCGAUGGGUUAUCCUCCAGUGACAUCUUCGCCCACGGAAGACAGCUCAAAUCACUCCAACAAUUCAAACAACUCGAAUUCAAAUCCGAUCACGCCCAGCAGCAACAACGUGACCAACAACAACAACAACAAUUCGGCAGUCAACACAUUCUACACGCUGUACAGGAAUGCAGCCACGGCAGCAGCCAUGGUUCACGGGGGUCAUCCUUCUCACGGACCACACCAUCAUCAUCACCAACAUGGAGGAUAUCCACCCCCACCCACGGCUCAUCACCAUCAACAAAUUCUGAACCAUUCGUACCCAACUUAUUCAAAUUAUCAUCAUCAUGCUGCAAAUACUGGGGCGAUGUCGAUGCCGAUUUUUGAUCGGGAUUGGAUCUCCUCAUUCGGACAUGACAACUGAGGAUUGAUUGAUGACGAUGGCAACUUCUACCUUGACCUGUGACCUUGAUUUUCUAUAAAAAUGAUGUUAAUUAAUGAUGGAUACGAGAAUAGUUUAUCGUGUUACUAAAAUUGUUGUUAUACAUUUAAAUGCUAAAUAUGGCAGAAUUAGUAAUAGUUUGAGUAGUAAACAGUGUAGAAAACCCUUGCAAAUUUUAUUUUGCUACAAUGCACAAAACAAUCAAUAAUUAAUUUGUAUAAGAAUAAUUUACAAAAAAAAAGUUUAAAAUCGUAUGAAACAGUACAACAAUGUUCUCUUUAUGUUAUCUGUAGAUUAUGCAAUGUUGAUUUAAAGCCACUCUCAAUAGAUUUAGAUGGGAAGCCGUCAAUAUGAUGUUAUAAAUGCAAAAUAGCUAUUAAUAUGCAAUUCCAUAAGGGGUAAAAAAAACACUUGAUAAUCAUGAAAUCUGCCUAAAAAAUUGGUAAUUAUUAUUGACCCAGACGUUAAUGAAUAAAAUUCAAUAUUAAAAUUA